ACGGCUUGUAGCAUACCGUUAUUUCGCAAACAAGAAAAAUCCAAAACUCUAAUUAACGGCGCCAUCACAGUUCCCGUUUUGCAAACUUCAGUGACAAAGCACUCUCUAGGGUUCGUAAUUCGUAUCUAUCCAAUUUAAAAGCUCUUCUCCGAAGUUUGCAAUAAAUUCGUUUUCGCACCCUAAAUUAUCGAUCCAUUUGGACAACGUUGUACUCCAAUUUCGGCAGCUUACCUUAAGGAAGGGGGCACAGAUUGGAUUUCUUCUGGCCUCUGUGCCUUCUUCACAGUUGCCUCACGAGCUUGUUUCAUUAGUUUCAUAAGAUGCCUCGGGGAAAAGCAAAUUCUUCAUCAGCUGCUAAGCCAUCUGACUCUGAGAAGCCAGUUGAAUCUGAUGAGAAGGUUGAUUUUGAGGAGGAAAAUGAUCCAGAGGAAACAAUGGAAGAAGAAAUUGAGUAUGAAGAAGUAGAAGAAGAAGUGGAAGUAGAAGAGAUAGAAGAGGAGGUAGAAGAAGAGGAGGAGGACCCAGAGGAGGUAGAUGUAGAAGAAGAGGAAGAGGAGGAGGAGGAGGAAGAAGAAGAGGAAGAAGAGAUUGAAGAAGUGGAUGAAGAGGAUGCCAUGCAAAACCAUAGCAGUGAUGAAGCAAAGGUGGAAGAUGAGGACGAGAAGAAAAAACAUGCCGAACUCCUUGCUCUUCCUCCUCAUGGGUCUGAAGUAUACAUUGGUGGCAUUCCUCAUGAUGUCUCAAAUGAGGAUUUGAAAUCUUUUUGCGAGCGUAUUGGGGAAGUUGCAGAGGUUCGAGUAAUGAAGGGAAAGCAUUCCAGCGAGAACAAGGGAUUCGGUUUUGUGACAUUUAGAAGUGUGGAGUUGGCUUCUAAAGCUAUUGAAGAGCUGAAUAAUACUGAAUUUAAGGGUAAAAAAAUAAAAUGUUCUACAUCUCAAGCCAAACACCGUCUUUUUAUUGGCAAUGUUCCUAGAAGCUGGGGUAUGGAAGAUCUGAGGAAGAUUGUAUCUGAGAUUGGACCUGGAGUUACCGGUGUGGAACUAGUCAAGGAUAUGAAGAACACCAAUAACAAUCGUGGCUUUGCUUUUAUUGACUAUUAUAAUAAUGCUUGUGCUGAGUAUUCUAAGCUAAAGAUGAUGAGCCCAACAUUUAAGCUAGGGGAGAAUGCUCCAACAGUGAGCUGGGCUGAUCCUAAAAAUGCUGAUUCCUCUGCUGCAUCUCAGGUGAAGGCAGUAUAUGUGAAGAACCUGCCGAAGAAUGUGACUCAAGAACAGUUGAAGAAGCUUUUUGAACGUCAUGGGAAGAUAACAAAGGUGGUUCUUCCACCUGCAAAGUCUGGACAGGAAAAGAACAGAAUUGGCUUUGUACAUUUUGCAGAGAGGUCAAAUGCUAUGAAAGCACUGAAAAACACUGAAAGAUAUGAAUUAGAAGGUCAAGUUUUAGAGUGCUCUUUGGCAAAGCCACAGUCUGAUCAAAAGUCUGGAGGGUCAAACACACAGAAGCCGGGACCAGGAUUGCUUCCAAGCUAUCCACAACAUGUCGGUUAUGGUUUGGUUGGGGGUGCCUAUGGUGCACUUGGUGCGGGAUAUCCUGCUCCAGGUCUUACACAGCCCUUGCUAUAUGGAGGAGGUCAAGCUCCCGCCGGAAUGGCCAUGAUGCCCAUGCUUUUGGCUGAUGGACGAAUUGGAUAUGUCUUGCAACAACCAGGAAUGCAACCACAAGCUCCAUCCUCACAUCAUAGAGGUGGUCGGAGCGGUGGCAGUGGGGGUGGCAAUAGGAAUGCUGGCAGUUCUAGUAAGGGAAGGCACAAUAAUGAUGGUGGUCAAGGGCGCAGAUAUCGCCCAUAUUAGCGGUGUUGAUAUAGACAGUAGCACUUCCUUCUCUCAAAUGUACUUGGGGCUUUAUAAAGCUCAUUUAUUGCAUCAAAAUGUGCUACAUAUUUUUUAAUUAAAAUAUUUAUUUAGUGUAGAUUAAAUCUUGAUGUCAA